AUGACUGGUUCGAACUCCUCUGUCGCCAGUGAAUCUAAGAUUCACCCUGCCACAACCGUCUCCAACAUCAAGUCUUUGAUCCCUAUCACUCUAGUAAUCGAAUCCGGUCAAUACAAUUCUUGGGCCACCCUCUUUAAACUCCACUGCAAAACUUUUCUUGUAUUCGAUCACAUCAAAAACAAACCUGAAAUUUCCUCCAGUGACACCAACAAGCCGACGGACGAUUGGGAGCGUCUGGAUGCCAUUGUUUUACAAUGGAUAUACAAUACGAUCUCAAACGACCUUCUACACACCAUCAUUAACAAGACUGCUACUGCGUACGAUGCUUGGGUUGCCAUCGAAAAUCUUUUUCACGACAACAAAAGUGCUCGUGCGAUCCAACUUAUGCAUAAAUUCUCCAACACCCGCCUUGACGGCUUCCCGAAUGUAUCCGCGUACUGCCAAGAACUAAAAAUAUUGGCCGACCAACUUGCUAAUGUCAAUGCUCCUGUGGAUGAUGAUCGCCUUGUGCUUCAGUUAAUUGCUGGUUUGAACGAAGAAUACGACGGAAUUGCAACAAUUUUGCAACAACAGGAACCAUUGCCGUCAUUCUAUGUCGCCCGAUCCAAGAUUAUUUAG